AGGGUAUAGAGCGUGAAGAUGCGGCGCAACAAAAAUCGCUUACCAUUUAAACUGCUGACUGAAAUUGAAAAUGAAAUUUAGAUUACGACGAAGUUAAUCAAGAACAGAAAGAUGAACAUGACUAUCAUUCUGUGAUCAGAGUAGAGCCCUCCACCUCCACACAACUCAGGACUGAAUUUUCUUUGACCCCCAUCUUUUUUGCUUAUAAAAUUGUCUUUCUUAAAGCUUAUGCUUGUGAUCUUGACCACGGAGCUAGUGAAUCUGAUGACUGACUAGCACAACUAGUCCUCUACUUUAUUGGUUCAAGUAGAUUUAUCAAAUGAAGUGAUCUGUUGAAGAUGAAGUAGAGAUGAGUAGUUGUCUUAAUGAACAUCGGUGAGUUCUUUCCAGAUAGUACUAGCCGUAGUGAAGUCUGAGACAAGAUGGAGGCUAUGGAAAGAGGGGAGGCGCAGGAGCUGCCAAAGACGAUAAGAGCAAAGAGAGAAGCAGGACAGUCAGCAUUAUGACAGCAAAAGUCGUGAUCAGCAGGUUCUUGGCGCUCUUCACUUUCAUUACUGAACAACCGGGAACAAGAUUGUCAUGCUCCUCACCAACAACAUUCGAAAACUCAAAAUAUCCGAGUUACUGACUGAAAUAAGGGAGGUAGCUUAACGCCAAGUGGUUACUCUUCCUUCUCAUGAGUAUCUCGGUUAUUCUGAUCAGUUACUUACUUGCUUAUUUCAGUUUUUCGAAUACAUUGAUACUGAUAAUGGUCAGUCAAGAAAAGAAGGUACAGAAUAGUUGAAACGCCUCAAUGCGUUAGGACGACGUAAAAAGAGGUUACAUGACAUGACAUCCCUUUCCCUACCCUAUCCCAACAUCCAAUCACCUUCAUUCCCCUGGCAGAGGUUUUUGGCGAUGAUACCGAAUGUGUCGGUAUCGAGGGAUAGCAUGGCGGACGUGAACGAAAAGAUAGAGUUUGUUAAGGCUUCAGUUAGAAAUGUAUCUAUGUGCAUGUUGUGAAUCUGAAAUAUUAGAGACGUAUAAUUUCCUUUGAUAAAAAACAGGCACCUUCCUAAGAACUGCCUUGUUUCUAUAUCUAAAUGCAGAGGUGCUGGCGGGAUAGACAGAGUCAGUUUCAUUUAAUGGGAGGACUAUGUAGAGACAUGAGGUAAGCACGGGGAGGGAAUAGAAGAGCUCCAGAAAAAUGACUAAGAUGUACCUGCUGCUUCUGGAUUUCGAUGAAAUAAGCACUUCCAUUGAUUCUAAGAUAGGUGAAUCUCCAGCAGAAGGAGUUGCAUGUCCGCAUUGCCACGCUCAAGAUUUCGUCACCUUCACGGAACACGAAGCUACAUGUGCAACAUAUGGCAUCGCUUGUUUAAUCGUGCUCUUCUUCGGAUGGUUGUCUUUCUGCAUAGUAGGAUUAUGCUGGCCGGUGCUGAAAACAGUGGUUCACAGGUGUCCUCACUGCCACAACGAGCUCGCAAGAAAAAGCAGAAUACGGUACAACCUCCAAUCCACAUCUAUGGUGAAGAUUGUUGUAGUGAAUGUUACGUUGGGUUGAUAUCUUGACUACGCCAGUGGCAGUUUCGCUUGCAGAUGUUUUUGUGUUGAACAUCAACAUUUAUUGUCUUUCUCCAUGUCGAUAUCGAUUCAUGCAAUUUCAAUUUCAUAAUCAUUCAAUUAUUUCAGGUGUCCACGAGUCUCGAGGGAAAUAUUCACGGUGCAGGUUGGCAAUUGUGCAGUCGUCAUAUCACGCAAAUACGCCUUGUUGUUAUGCCCAAACGAAAAUCAAUCUCUGACUCUUUUUAUUUCAUGUAGAGAAAAAUUCACGAAGGGGCAAGCUUUACAGAAUACAGAACGAUGAUGGCGUUCAUCAUUAACUCAUUCCGCUAUCUGCCUGACUGUUUCCCUGGUGCUUCUUAGUUUCACUCUAAAGGAACCUACAGCUACGUCUUUAUCUCUCUAAUUUUGUUUUUAGUGGUAGUUGGCUUAGUGGGUUUUUUUACAUGGAGACGGAAUCAUCAUGGGGUUCACUUGCUGCUUGACGCGCCUUUGAAGGACAGCAAAAGUUUAGCGGGCACGAAAGAAGUUAUGGUGAAAGAGAAUUUUGUUUUGGUCAUGGUGGGAAACAAGUGCAACUUGGACGCUUGAAUAAUCAUCAUCUUGAUGUUCGUUGUAGAUGAUGAUCUUCUUGGUACAUCAAUAUAUUAUAACUAGGCAUAAAAAAACGUAGGAGGAAUAUAUUCUAACCCGUGAACGUGGGAGGAAUAUUUGAAGAAUUGUGGAAACAAGAAGACUCUAGGAAAUCCGUUGAGGACACGGAGGAAAUACGACGAAACGUAUGCAGGCAACAUGAUAGAGUGGGAAGGCAGGGUGAACAAAGUCACAGAAGGAUUUCAAUUAUUGGUGCGCUUACAACUUUGAUUUUUGUUGUAUCGGUUUUCGACUUCGAUACUAGACUAUCUAGAUCAUAACGAAGAAAGUUCUACUAGCUUCCUAUGAAGAACCAGAUAUAUAAUUUUGUUCGUUUUUGAUAAAGUUCCUGCAAUGAUGAAUACUAGAAAUCAAGUUACUUACAACUAGGAAAAACAAAAAACAAAAAUUAGAUCUGGGACGCACCCGGUCUUAUCCGGUUAACCAUGAAUCCGGCAGAGAGGAACAGGGAUGGAAUCGAUUUGACUCUUCUGUUUAACGAAAAUCUGAAUGACGCAGUUUCUGAACUCGAGGUCGGCGAUGAGAUCUCCUUCAAGGCAACGUUGCUGGGCCUGGGAACGAGGGGAAGUAUUUUGAUUUUUAACUUAUUUGAUCCAUUGUUUUUUCUGGAACUGGAGAGUGCUACUGUGAUGGGACGCGUUCCGGUUCAGGUUCUUUACCUUCAUUUCAAGCACUGCCCUCUCCGCUUCAAAGCUUAUCUGCUCCAUUAUUUUUUUUCGCUGAUGAGACUAACACUAAUCGGUGUAGUCUCCCUCUGGUAUAGUAGAAAGUAUCUCUGAGGUAGAUGUUAUUAUAUUAAUUUAUAAGGCUCUUACUUAGCGCAUACAACGACCCACCACGCACAGCACAACGAAAUCGAGAAAAACUCUACAUCUACCGAGCUAAAUGUACUAGUGCUUACUACAAGUACAACAACUUGAAAACUCACACGCACCCAACGAACCGCUCAGGUUCCCACGUUGCUCAAAUAUGGGAGGUUUUGGAACAUCGUCGUGGCAACGAGAUAAUCCCCAUCAAGCCGCCGCCAGCGUCGGUGAAGGCUGGAGAAGAGGCUCUACCUCGAACAGAGGACAUUCUUGUUAAGGCAGAAGUUCUUUUUGAUAAAUUAUAAGUAUCCCUACUGCAGGUUCCCCCCCUACACCCUAGAGGCAUUAUGGAUGCUGAUCAUUAUCUUCAUAGAACAAAAGUAGGGACAUGGAUCAUAGAAUAAAAUAUCUUCAACUUCGUCUUAGUCUAUGACCCAUCAUAGAUAGUAAUCGUUUCUUCAACUUCGUCUUAGUCUAUCAUUCUUAGCAUCAGCAUCAUUUUGAUCAUCGUCGUCCUUAAUAUUCUUAUCGUGUGAGUCGUCUCAUCAUCGUCAGCCUCAUCUCAUCUGCUGAGCUGUCUCUUCAUCCUCAUCAUCAGCAUCAUCUCAUCAUCUACCUCCUAUCCUCCCCUAAACCCAUCUAAUAUAGCGGGCGACGCUGCUGCUCGAGAAGGGCCUCAAGGAGGUAAGGGUAACCAGGAGAACUAGGUUCUUCAACUUGAGGAGGUAACCAGGAGAACUAGGUUCUUCAGAACCAAGAGGGUUGAUAAGGAGCUGGAGGAUGAGGACGGAUCAGCAGUACUAGAGUUUUAGUAAAAAAGAGUCAAUUUAUUACGUCAGCAUGCAGAUUAAGAUCAACAACACUAGAUGAUCAUUAUAGGUCAAUUUCAAUUAUACAGGAGCACAUCAAGAACAUCAAGGACGCUUGGGUUCAAAGAUUUUCGUUUUGUACAUCAAUGCUAACGCUUACCCAAAAUUUGACAGAAUCUAUCACAAGAAAAUCGUACUGCCUUAUACGACAUUAAUUUGCGCAAAAGAUUUUAUCUAUUACGAGUCAGGUUCACGAAGAGGAAUGCUAGUUGUACUGGUCAUUCAUCGCUUUCAUCGCUUUCGCUGCACCGCAAGUGCGAAUGCGAAACAAAACAGUUGAUAGCGAAUGGUCAUAAUUAUGUAUGAGUUUUCCUAUUUUUUUUUACUGACUGGUCUGUCAGUCUGGUGCCCCUGUGGAGUAGUGGAGGCAGUUUGAAGAUCUUCUGUCAGUGUGAAGUUUAUCAUUAUGAUAGCUCAUCCAAGACUUAGGCUAUCAUCUCUGCCUAGCAGCUGACUGAUAGGUAGUACUCAUAGCAAUACCUCUACCUCACUCCCUGUUACUAAGACGACGAGGUAGAGGUGCGAAACUAAGAUAAUGGGCUUGUUCUUUGGCGGUCAGUAUGUGUAUCUAUGAUAAAUGACUGGUGCCUACACCUGCUUCAUUCAUCUAAUCAUGGACUAUUCGUGUUCAUUCUUGCUCUAUCCUCCUGAGUAAAUAGUUGUGUCAUGUUCGAACAUCAAUACUGAAGAUCAUGAUCGCAACGCAAACUACUUACCUCAUGUUAACGGUCCCCACAUUUUUACAUCCUUCACUAGCGCUCCUUACUCUUUUUCCAGUCGGAAAUAAGUCAGGGAUGUUCUGAUGAACAUGAUCAUACUUUCACUUACUUCAUGCUUGCACUCCCUCAACAUGAAGUACUUCAAGCAUUCACCCCACACACUGUCUGUCAUAAUUACAACAUCACACCCAUGUCAGACAGCACGACUUGCAGCUUCUUGACAUCAAAUUCAAAUAUUCUUGUUGUAACAUCUUCAAUGAUAACCUCAAAUCUACUUGGCCAUGUAGUCUUCAC